UCCAUUUACAUUAAUGAAUUUUCACCAAAAAAAAGGAUGGUAGCUAGUAAUUGUACCUCUGUGUACUUUCCGUUUUCUAAGAGAAGUAAGACCAUCCGCAAUGCGGGCUGUUAAGUGAAUCCUUAACAUAAAUUCUUAAGGUAAAGGAAUUAAAAUAAUAUUAAAAAAGAUCGGCAAGCUAAGAAUGAGUCCUUAAUUAAGAGAAUUAAGGACCAAAUCCUUGAUGUGCUGGCACCUCAUCAUUGGCUCGGGAAAAGGGUUGUGUUUCGUAUGAGUGAGAAAAAUCAUUCAUUUUCGCGAGCAACUGAAAAAAAAAGACGAGACGCGAUAAGAAAGGGGAUAGAAGAGGCGAUAAGAGAGCGUCUUUGUUGAAGGUUGUAAAAUGGAGGAAGAACUGCGAGAUAUGAAGGCACGCAAAGCACACUACGACAUGCUCCAUUUCGUUGCAGACGCGCAACAAGGGAUUCCCAAACUGUGCCCCUGUGGAUCAAUCACGAAGGAAUCCGUGGAUGAAGAGGAUACAUAUGACUACCUCCCAGGGAAAAGAUACUUCAUCUGCAAAGACUUCGAGGUUUGUAGUGUUGUGUCUGUUGCUUUUUGAUCAAUUGCGGUUUGGAAUAUAUUUUUUUUGGAUCCAUUGCUGUUUGACAAAGUUUAUUCUUCUUUGGCAGAAUGACGGGAUGCAUUUUAGGCAGCCAUGGGUUAUGGGUGUGCAACAAGAGGUAGAGAGGCUCAAAAUAAGGGUUCACGAGCAUGAGAAGCUUCUCAGGGAAUGCGACGAACUGAAGGCCCAGGUGAGGAUGCUGCUUAGGCGUGUGUCUGACCUUGAGAGAGUCGUCUGAGGUCAGUGUUUAAAGUUACAUGUCUUCUUUAACUCUCUAGUUAGAAUUGAAACGGAUAGGAGUGUCGGUAACUUUGUAGUUUGAAAACGGAUUUGAUUCCAAUGCUUUGAAAACAUUUAGUUUGUAGUUUGUACUUUCCAACUUGGUAGUUAUAAAUGCACACUAAACCACCAUUAAAUUUACCGUAACUGUAUCUUGCAAAGUAAAAUUGCAUUUAAUUGUCUCUAGCUGUUCUGAUUUGACAUAUUUCUACUAGGAUUAAAUGUUGAAUCCCUUAUUUAAUCCUCUCUGAUUCUAGUAGAAAAUCACAGAGAGGUCAUCAAAAAUGGCAAGUUCCCCUAGUUUUGUUAACCUCUUAGCAAGUCAAGGAUCAGUCGACCUUGACUCAGUAGAAACUCCUUUGUUUAGUAGCCAAUGUCCUGAAGAGUCUAGUGUUAAAGAGAGGAGAAAGUGGACUGUGAAGGAUGAUAUAAUUCUCAUUGGUGCUUGGCUCAACACCAGCAAAGAUUCAAUAGUUAGUAAUGAACAAAAAGCUGGUGCCUUCUGGAAGAGGAUUGUCGACUAUUACAACUCCAGUCCUCUCCUGGUUGGGACAGUGCCAAGAGAACUAGGUCAAUGCAAGCAAAGAUGGGCUAGGAUCACUGAUUUAGUCUGUAAGUUUGCUGGAUGCUACGACAUGGCACUGAGGGAGCAGAGAAGCGGGCAGAAUGAGAAUGAUGUGAUGAAGCAAGCGUUGGAUAUCUUCUACAGUGACCAGAACAUGAAGUUCAACUUGGAACAUGCCUGGCGGGAGCUUAGGCACGAUGUUAAAUGGUGCGCAACGUAUCUGGAGAAGGACAAGGAUAAGCGAAAACCAGGGGAUUCUCCAGUUCCAGAGCCAGAAGAGAGACCUAUAGGGGUUAAAGCUGCUAAGGCUGCGGGGAAGAGGCUUAAAACGGGAAAAGAAGAAGAAUUGGCGAAGCUACAAGGACUGUUGGAGACGAAAAAACUAAUCUCCAAGCAAAGUUUGCUAGAAAGUUUGCUUGCAAAGCCCGAGCCUCUCUCUGAGAUGGAAUUAGCUCUCAAAAUGAAACUUUUAUCUGAAAUGUUGUCCUGAUUGAUGGUUUGUUAGCUUUAGUGAUGUUUGCUUUAGAAUUUUGGAACUAGUGUUUACUUUAGUAACUCAUCUCCUAUUCUCUGUUUCAGGUAAAGCUGAAGACCAUGUACCAGAUGAAGACAAAGGAUGCUGUCUCUUCCUUGUUCAUUCACGGGUUCUUUGUUUAUGUGUUGCUUUGUAUCUGACCCAAGUCACGGGUUAUUUGUUUCUGUCUUGCUUUCCUAUUUCCAUGUGCACCAAGUCACGGGUGUCUGUUUCGUUGUUUCUUUGUAUUUCCUAGUUGCCUUUAUAAGUCAGUUUGUAGUGUCUCUUCUUGUACUCACUCUUUGUUAUAAAUUUUGUUAAGAAAACCAGUUCUUCUGCUUGUUCUCUUCGUGUUCUUAAUCCAAGACUCUCUAGCUCAUAAUUGGUUCAGGUUUGAAAUUAUAAUCCUCUUUCUUAGUUAAAGCUGUAGUGAAUUUUGAGAGGUUAAUUUGUUUAGUUAAAGCUGUAGUGAAUUUUGAGUUAAUUUGUUUAAUUGGUUCAGGUUUGAAAUUAUAAUCCUCCUUCUUAGUUAAAGCUGUAGUGAAUUCAGAUUCCUCUGUUCGCUCUGUUUAGUUAAAGCUGUAGUGAAUUUUGAGAGGUUAAUUUGUUGAUAAUUAGUUGUUAUUAACUAAGUAGUAUACGAUCAUGCCAUUUCAAAUAGUCAAUAUGAUCAAAUUAUAGUAGAGUAGCAGAGUAGUUACCAUUGGCAGAUGAAGUCGAUUUAUUAACUAAGAAAAAAACAAAUAAUUAGUUCUCUACUACACGUUUAUAAUAUAUUCAUGUGAUAGAUCUUUUUAAAAUCAGUUUUAUUAUAAUAACUACCAUUGGUAAGCAUAAAUAAUUUUCGUAUAAUAUACAAAUAGAUGGCAGAUGAAGUCGAUCGAAGAUUAAAUGCGGCUUUGGAUGAGGCUAUCGAUGAAUAUUUUGAAGAUAGCUACAACAACAUUUUGGAGAACCAAACAAAGAAACAAAAGAAACGUGCAUACGUCGAAAGAAACCGCGAGGAUGGCCAUAACCGUCUAUGGAAAGACUACUUUUGUGAUGAUCCGACGUUUCCGGCUCAUUUAUUCAGACGGCGUUUUCGCAUGAACAAGGAAGUAUUCAUGCGUAUUGUCGAUCGCCUAUCUGAAAAUAUUCCAUUCUUUCAACAAAAAAGGGAUGCUGUCGGAAGGUUAGGACUAUCUCCUUUACAAAAGUGUACGGCAGCUCUUCGUAUGCUUGCUUAUGGUUGUGCAGCUGACGCUGUUGACGAAUAUCUCCGACUUGGUGAAAGCACAGCACUUUCGUGUUUAAGCAAUUUCACUGAAGGCGUAAUAGAUUGGUUUGGACCUGAGUAUCUACGAAGACCCACCCCAGACGAUCUUCAACGACUACUCGAUAUUGGAGAGAUACGCGGUUUUCCAGGGAUGAUAGGAAGCAUCGACUGUAUGCAUUGGGAGUGGAAAAGUUGCCCAACCGCUUGGAAAGGACAAUAUACACGGGGAUCAGGAAAGCCGACAAUUGUCUUGGAGGCUGUAGCUUCACAAGAUCUUUGGAUAUGGCACGCUUUUUUUGGUCCCCCAGGUACUUUAAACGAUAUUAACGUCCUCGAUCGGUCUCCUGUUUUUGAUGACAUUUUACAAGGUCGAGCUCCAAGGGUACAGUACGUGGUCAACGGACACCAGUAUGAUUUGGCGUACUACCUCACCGACGGCAUAUAUCCGAAAUGGUCAACAUUUAUCGAAUCUAUCUCACUCCCUCAAGGUCCUAAAGCCGAGUUAUUUGCUAAAGUUCAAGAAGCAACCAGAAAAGAUGUAGAACGGGCUUUUGGAGUAUUGCAAGCUCGGUUUGCAAUUGUGAAAAACCCGGCUAUUUUGUGGGACAAGAAACAAAUAGGGAUGGUUAUGCGAACAUGUAUCAUACUGCACAAUAUGAUAGUAGAAAAUGAACGGGAUGGCUAUACUCAGUUUGAUACAUCUGCGUUUGAAGAAGGAGACUCGAGUAGAAGUUCACAGGUGGAUAUGUCAUAUUCUACCGACAUGCCUUCAAAUCUCGGUAAUAUGCUUGGCGUACGGAGUCAUGUUCAUGAUAGGCGUACACAUGAACAAUUAAAAAAUGAUCUGAUUCACAAUAUUUGGAACAAAUUUGGUAAUGAUGAAGAUGUUUAAAUUUGUAUGUUUACAUUUAGUCAUUUAAUAAAUGAUAAUUUAUUAUUUAAAUGUUUUACAAAAUUAUUAAUUUUUUGAUUUUUAAGAUUCAAUUAAAAAAAAAAAAUUAAGAACUCCAAAGUGGAUAACACCAUUGGACUCACAAUUAUGAUUAGAGUCCUUAACUAUUCAAAAAAAAAA